CGUCUACUACUAGAUUUGGUCGGAAUGUCCGGAUCCGUUCAGCUCGGCGGUCUGGUCCCCCGUGCUUGCUGGGCAGACGAGCUUCGCUGGAAGAUGCGAUCGGUUUCGUGUAGCUGUGGCUGUUGCCACUGUUGGGAUCUGAUGGUGCAGUUCGUGGUGUGCAGUGCUUCGGUUCUAGAGUUGUUGGCAUUUAUCAGUGUGUCCCGUCCUAACGCCGGGGUAGUUCGAGUGGGGAAAGCUCAAGCAUGUGGGUGUGUGCAAUGUAUCAGGUGGCCGUUGUGGGGAGUCUCUAUUUCGGGUGCUACGAUUGAUUAAGGUACGGUUAGGGUUGCUCUCGCCCGGCAAGCGGUUGGUUGGCUCCUACUUGCUGGGACAGGUGCGUUUAUGCCGUCGGCGUCAAUGCUGGCGGGAAGCUUGAUAGUGGACUAGUCGCCAGUGCAAUCCUGUUGGUUAAGUGCUAAAUUAUCACAUGAAUGGCCCUUUCCAUAUUAGCUCGCCAUGAUAGUUUGAAAGUAUUUCCGGAUGCACUGCCAUCGCACGCACCGGUGGACUGCUGUCAUCCUGUUGGUUUAAGUGUUUUGAGUCCCGUGAAUGGCCAUUUCCAUAUUUGCUUACUGCCAUAGUCGAAGGGCAUUGUUAGAUGGAUGAUUUUUCCAUCACAGUCUGAUAGAUGCACAUACAAACAGACAUUCUUGAUUUCUUUUGCAUUUGUUGGCAUUGGCAGGUGUGCAUAGCAAGGCAAAAUGGAGAUCUAGCUCCAAACUGCAGAGCAGACAAAUAUUAAUGUAUUUUGUUCUAGUUUGUGUCAGAUGAUGUUGCCUUGGAUUGAGAGUUCAGGGUACAGUGGUAGGCUCUAGUGCAUUUUUACAACAUUUUUUCAUAAUUCAUGUUUCAGAGACUCAGACUUUCAAUAGACCUGUUUUCGGUAGCUCUCCCUAAUUUCCUGUUAUAGAUUUGCAUCAACAAGCACAAUAGAGCUUAUUUCUUUUGAGUUGUGCUAAUACUGGCAUACUUACAAGAAAACAUUAAUACUCCGUGCAGUUCUUACUUCUCUCGUCAUGUUUGGAGUUUAGAUAGUUCCAUUGGUGCUGGGGAUGUGAAUUUCGCAGAGGGACAAGGAUUUACAUUUUAGCCAUACAAAAUGGACGGUUCUAGUUCAACUGCUUCCCAAGGGCAUCAUGUAAAUGGAAAGCAGAAUCAAGUGCAAACCGUUCAUCCUCCUGGUCCUGCCAAUGUGAAAAAUGGACCAAGACACCACCCAUUAACUCCAAUGAGACGUUGCCGUGGACUAUUAUGUUUGGUGAUUAUGCUAUUAACAGCGUUCAUGAUGAUGGUUUACCUAUCUCCUAUAACUACUUUCCUUGUACGGUUGUUCAGUGUGCAUUACAGCAGAAAGUCAACAUGCUUUCUUUUGGGGAUGUGGUUGGCCAUGUGGCCUUUUUGGUUUGAGAAGAUUAACAAGACCAGGUUUAUUUUCUCUGGUGAAAGUGUGCCCCCAAAAGAGUGUGUGCUGUUAUUUGCUAACCACAGGACCGAGGUUGACUGGAUGUACUUGUGGGAUUUUGCACUAAGGAAAGGCCGUUUGCAGUGUAUCAAGUAUAUCCUUAAGAAAAGCCUGAUGAAGUUACCUGUUUUUAGCUGGGCGUUUCACAUUAUUGAGUUUAUCCCAGUAGAGAGGAAGUGGGAGAUUGAUGAAGCAAUAAUGCGAAUGAGGCUUUCAGAAUUGAAGAACCCCAAGGAUCCCCUUUGGUUGGCAGUUUUCCCUGAAGGCACUGAUUAUACUGAGAAGAAAUGUAUCAAAAGUCAAGAGUAUGCAGCAGAGCAUGGUUUGCCUAUUCUGAAAAAUGUACUCCUUCCCAAGACAAAGGGUUUCAAUUGCUGUUUGCAAGAGCUGAGGAGUUCCAUAGAUGCUGUGUAUGAUGUCACAAUCGCGUAUAAAUAUCGACUACCAACUUUUCUGGACAAUGUAUAUGGUAUUGAUCCUUCCGAAGUCCACAUCCAUAUCGAAAGUAUCCAAGUCUCUGACAUACCGACAUCAGAAGAUGAAGUAGCUGAUUGGCUGGUAGAGAGGUUUAGACUGAAGGACAAGCUUCUGUCUGAUUUUUCAACACUGGGCCACUUUCCGAAUGAAGGAACCGAAGGGGAUCUGCCAACACUCAAGUGCCUUGCAAAUUUUACGGCAGUAGUCAGUGUAACGUGCAUCCUGAUGUACCUAACCCUGUUUUCGUCUGUAUGGUUCAAGAUUUUCGUAGCAUUUAGCUGCACCUUUCUUACGUUUGCCACCUACUACUCUAUACAUCUGCCGCAGCUAAUCGGUUCUCCAGAGGUGAGUAUCCAUGGGAAGAAAGCUUGAAUGUAAUGUUGUAACUUGCAACUGAAAGCUGUAUGGGCGCAGCUUGUACCACCAUUUCUGUGUAUGUGCAUAUAUGUUCAAUGUGUUCUGUUAUU